AUGCAUGGACCAAUACAGGCUAAACAAAAGAGUCACUCACAAGUCCCAACAAAAAAGGAUCUUGAAAUGACAAAUGGUGAAGAUACCAAAACGCUGCUUAAAAGAAUUUCAAACAGUUCCAAUGACCUAAAGCAAAACAGAUCUCAUCAGAAUUUAUCAGAACAAGCACAUAAUGUACGAUUACUCCAAAAGAAUUUAUCGAAAACCACAGUUAAAUUAGAUGCUAAAAAUGUAUUAAUAGUGACGAAGGCAAGAGAUAAUUCAUUAGUUUAUUUAACAAGAGAAAUGGCCGAAUGGUUAUUGAUUAAUUAUAAAAAUUUAAAUGUUUAUGUUGAUUAUCAUUUAGAAAGAUCAAGAAGAUUCAAUCCACAAAGUCUGAUUAGAGAUAUUCCAAGAGCAAAGACAGCGCUUAAAUAUUGGGAUAAACGAUUUAUUAAUGAAAAUUCAGAAUUAAUAGAUUUAGUAAUCACUUUAGGAGGUGAUGGUACUGUUCUUUAUACUUCAUCAUUAUUUCAAAGAAGUGUUCCACCUGUGAUGUCUUUCAGUUUAGGCUCAUUAGGAUUUUUAACAACUUUCCAAUAUGAAGAAUUCAGAGAAACUUUGAAAAUUGUAUUAGAAAAGGGAAUUAGAACAAAUCUUCGAAUGAGAUUAUCAUGUCGUGUUCAUAAAUCAGAUGGAUCUUUAGUAUGUGAACAACAGGCUUUAAAUGAAGUCACAAUAGAUAGAGGUCCUUCACCUUUUGUAUCAAUGUUGGAAUUAUUUGGUGAUGGGAAUUUAUUAACUGUGGCACAAGCUGAUGGGUUAAUUAUCGCUACACCAACUGGUUCAACUGCUUAUUCAUUAUCCGCUGGCGGGUCUUUAGUUCAUCCAAAUGUUUCAGCUAUUUCUGUUACUCCAAUUUGUCCUCAUACUUUAUCAUUUAGACCAAUUUUAUUACCUGAUAGUAUGGUACUGAAAGUUAGAGUUCCUAAAAGAAGUCGCUCCACAGCUUGGGCUGCAUUUGAUGGUAGAUCAAGAGUUGAAUUACAAAAAGGAGAUUAUGUUUCUAUUUCUGCUUCACCAUUUUCAAUGCCAACUGUAAUGUCAUCACCAACUGAAUAUUUUGAUAGUGUAAGUCGUACAUUAAAUUGGAAUAUUAGAGAACAACAAAAAUCAUUUGUUCAUUUAUUAUCAACAAAAAAUAAAAAAAAUUAUGAAGUUAAUCAAUUAUCAAAACCAAAAUUUAAAUUAAAUAUGGAUUCUGACUCCGAAAAUUCUGAAUCUGAACAAAAUGAAAGUGAAGAACAAUUUGAAGCUGGUCAUGAAUCUCCUGAUGAUAUUGAUGAUAAUGAUUUAUCAACUUAUUAUAUGCCUCCUCCUGGUCAAGGUAUUGAUACUCCACCAGUUAUAAAAUCUCAUGCUGCUACCCCAACUUUAAGUCCAAGAUUUAAAGGUUUAGAUGUAUCAGCGUUAACACUUGAUAAAUUUAAAAAAUAA